AUGUUGCAGUGCGCUCCGGGCGGGAAGCACUUCAGAUCCAAAUUGUCCGGCCAAGCGCAAUCCCAAGGCGAUAUUUUCGGCAUGGUCUGCAUCGAGAAAAAUGCCUCGCACUUCGUGAUCAGCCCGUCCGCAAGCAGCGUCAAGGGGUUGGGCCCACUAGCCAGCCUUCGGGUCACCUCCACCUGCAUCACGUCGGGCCGGAAGAGGCGGCUCAGCGGUAGCAGUCCAGCCACCACUAUGGGCCGGGAUUCCUUUGUUUUGCCUGGCACGACUGCUCAGCCGCUUCACCACCAGUACGAGUCCCGGUUGGCUGGGCUGUCGGACGAGAACGGAUGCAGCUACGGCAAAGCUCUUCCCCACCGGACAAUUAAACGAUCCAAGCACAUUUACAGCGAUCGCUUCAUCCCGUCGCGGCUAACGACGAAGUUGGACACAGGAUUCGGACUCGUGGCAGAUUCGCCACGCCAAAACAGCAACCAGAACCGAGACAAUGGGGCGGGGCGGCCUCAAGGCGGCUCCGCGCCAGCCUCUGCUCCGGCUGGAGGAGCCGGCAGUACUGUGGAAAGCAACCCCAAAAACCGAGGAUCGGGCGUUGGAACUUCCUCGCCGUACUCGAUGAUGCUGAAGCGCGAGCUGCUUGGAAUGCACUCGCCAACGCGAUCGAAUUUUGGUGGCAGUCAGCCGGCUUCUGCCCUGAGCGCGUCUAGUCACGAAAGUAUGAGCGCGAUGUACGACCCACGAUCCACUUCUUGUGUUCGCACGUACAACGGCAGCUCGGCGUGCAUACGACCGAGCGGCAGUUCGUCUAGCAAUAUUCUGCGCUUCAAAGCCCCUCGACAGUCGCUGUAUGGUGAUGUGAAGACAUUCGUUCCGCACUCAGGACUCACGGACUCGACACAGCGAUUUCUUGGUGCCGGACUGCACGAUGGAGACAAUGGCCGUCGACGAAUCUCCCGCACACCGUUUAAAGUGCUGGAUGCGCCGUCACUUCAGGAUGAUUUCUACCUCAAUCUCGUGGACUGGUCUGCCACCAAUGUUGUUGCAGUGGGGCUCAGCUCAUGCGUUUACCUCUGGAGCGCUUGUACCAGCAAGGUCACGAUGCUCUGCGACCUGGGACCUAGCGACUCGGUCACCUCUGUUAGCUGGAGUCAGCGGGGAACACACUUAUCGGUGGGCACAAACAGCGGUGAAGUGCAGAUUUGGGAUGCGAGCGCCGGCAAGAAGAUCCGAACCAUGACUGGCCACUUGGCUCGCGUGGGGACGUUAGGCUGGAAUGGCCAGUCAUUGGCAUCAGGUAGCCGGGAUCGAACCAUCCUGGUGCGCGAUCUACGAACGCAGGAGCCAUUCCAAAACAAACUGGCAGGCCACAAGCAAGAGGUCUGCGGUCUGAAGUGGUCCUUUGACGGCCGGCAGCUAGCGUCCGGAGGCAACGACAACAAGCUGCUCAUCUGGAACGUGCAGUCGAUGUCUUCGGGUGUGCGCGGCGACGCCACGAUGCCGUUGGCUCGCUUCAAUGAACACUCCGCAGCCGUGAAGGCCAUCGCGUGGUCGCCGCACCAGCACGGACUCUUGGCUUCUGGCGGUGGCACAGCGGACCGAUGCAUCCGCUUCUGGAACACGCAGUCGCUGACGGCGCUACCCUUCGUAGACACGGGCUCGCAGGUGUGCAACCUCAUGUGGUCCAAGAACGCCAAUGAGGUCGUGAGCACGCACGGCUACUCGUUGAACCAGAUCAUCGUGUGGAAGUACCCGACCAUGACCAAGCUGGCUACGCUCACGGGGCACACCUUCCGCGUGCUGUACUUGGCCAUGUCACCCGACGGUCAGACCAUUGUCACUGGCGCAGGAGACGAAACUCUGCGGUUCUGGAAUGCUUUCCCCAGCACGAAAGCGCAGCGCGGCAGUCGCCUUGGGACGGACCUGAUGCUGCCGCUGAGCGUAGGUAGCGAGAUCCGAUGA